CCAGAAGUUUCCCCCUUGGGCGGCGGCAGAGCUUAUAAGCUCGGUUGUAGCAACUCCAGCAGCAACAACAGAAGCUGUGAGGGAUGGCGGCCGCCGCAGCAGGACCUACAACAACCCAGAGGUUUUUCCGGAGCUUCUCUGAUGCUUUGAUCGAAGAGGACCCGCAGGCGGCGUUAGAGGAGCUGACUAAGGCUUUGGAACAGAAACCAGAUGAUGCACAGUAUUACUGUCAAAGAGCUUAUUGUCACAUUCUUCUUGGGAAUUAUUGUGAUGCUAUAGCUGAUGCAAAGAAAUCUCUUGAACUUAAUCCAAAUAAUUCUACUGCUAUGCUGAGAAAAGGGAUAUGUGAAUACCAUGAAAAGAACUAUGUUGCUGCUUUAGAAACUUUUACAGAAGGACAGAAGUUAAAUAGUGCAGAUGCUGAUUUCAUUGUCUGGAUUAAAAGGUGUCAGGAAGCUCAGAAUGGAUCACAAGAUGAGGUGUCUGCAUCCCAGCGGGCUCAUCAGUCAAAAAUCAAGUAUGACUGGUAUCAAACAGACUCUCAAGUAAUCAUUACACUUAUGAUCAAGAAUGUUCAGAAGAAUGAUGUAAAUGUGGAAUUUUCAGAAAAAGAGUUGUCUGCCUUGGUGAAACUUCCUUCUGGAGAGGAUUACAAUUUAAAACUGAGACUUCUUCAUCCUAUAAUACCUGGACAGAGUACAUUUAAAGUACUUUCAACAAAGAUUGAAAUUAAAAUGAAAAAGCCAGAGGCUGUGAGAUGGGAAAAGCUAGAAGGGCAAGGAAAUGUGCCUCAGCCAAAACAGUUCAUAGCAGAUGUAAAGAACCUAUAUCCAUCAUCAUCUCAUUAUACAAGAAAUUGGGAUAAAUUGGUUGGUGAGAUUAAAGAAGAAGAAAAAAAUGAGAAGUUGGAGGGAGAUGCGGCUUUAAACAAAUUAUUUCAACAGAUCUAUUCCGAUGGUUCUGAUGAAGUGAAACGUGCCAUGAACAAAUCAUUUAUGGAGUCUGGUGGUACAGUUUUGAGUACCAACUGGUCUGAUGUAGGUAAAAGAAAAGUUGAAAUCAAUCCUCCUGAUGAUAUGGAAUGGAAAAAGUACUAAAUAAAUUAAUUUGCUAUCGCUGUAUUACUUAAUAUUCACCUAAUAUUCAUUGUGUAUUAAUAUUGCAUUCUCGAAUUUUGAACACUGAAUAUAAUUUGAAAGGUUACACCUCUUUACAUCUUUGUGCUUUAGAAAUUAUUUUCCUUCAAGUGUUCUAAGAGUCUAAUGAAGAAUGAAGAUCAUAUUUUAUCACUUCUGUCCUUAAACAUUUCAGACAUGCUGAAAUGGAAGUAUCAUUUGCUACUAGGUAGAUCUGUACUAUCUAGUUAUUGGAGUGAGGAACUCAUUAAUGGGAUAUUGGGUUAUUGCCUUAUUUUUGAUGCAGUAUUCUAUUAAUAAUUUAUUAGACUUGGCACCUUUGGGUGAGCAUAGAUUUUUCAACCUCUGUAUUGUAUUAUAUUUGCUUUUAAAGGCUGCUUUUGACUGGAGUUGCAAAUACAGUUUUUUUCUAUGUAGUUUGGUUCCUUUACCUUUU